AUGGCACAAUCCACGGCCUUUGUGCUCGUCGGCGGCGUGUCGCACACUCCUGUCUUCUUCGACGCCCUGAUCAAAGAACUAUCCCAGCACGGCUACCAGUCCCAUGCCGUCAGCUAUCCCACCGUCGGCCGCGACACUGUAGGGACAACGCAGCAGGACGAAGUCAAGGCAAUCCAGGACGCGGUCGCACGUUUUGUCGACGACGAGCAGAAAGAUGUUAUUCUGGUGAUGCACUCCUACGGCGGAUGGCCCGGCAGCAGAGCUGUCAAGGGCUUUGAUAAGGAAAGCAGAACCAAGGAGGGAAAGAAGCACGGUAUUGUCGAACUUGUGUUUCUGGCGGCGUUUUUGCUGCCGGAUAAUGCGCCCAUGGCGAACUACUCGUAUCUGCCUCCGUGGUUGACCAACGAGAACGGCGAGCGCAUCCCCAACGAACAGUCGGUCCCCCUCCUCUUCAGUGACCUGGACCCGGCCUCGCAACAACACUGGCUGUCCAAAUUCGAGCCUCAGCGCAAUGAUUUCACGGCCGAGACGAUCCCUGAUGCGCCCUGGCAUUUGUCCAUUCCCAAAACCUAUAUCAUUACCAGCCAGGACAAGACGGCGACUAUCCCGUUCCAGUUGACCAUGCUGCAGGGAGUCAUGGACGAGACUUGGUCGAUCAAGACUAUCAAGGCUGGCCAUGAGCCGUUUCUCAGUCAGCCGGCGAAUUUGGCCAAGGUGUUGCUGCAGCCGACUUUUUAG